AUGAACAAUUUAAAAAAAUUAUAUAUUCUUGUUAGCAUACUAAUUCCAUUUAUGAAAAUGCAAUUAUGCGAUUUAAAGUGCACAUACUGUGGUAUAUCUUAAAUAUGCUAUAAUUGUUAAUAGGGGUAUACUUUUGAUACAAAUAGUAAUACUUGUAACUCAAAUUGCAGUUAGGGAACAUAUUUUUUUGAACCCACUUAAGAAUGCUUAUCUAAUUGUCCAUAAGGCUUUGAAAAAGACAACAUCCGCAGAGCAUGCAACUCAAUUAAUUACUGUCACAGAUUAAGCUAUUAAGGAAGUAAUGAAGAUUUCAAAUAUAAUAUUAAGGCCUAUCUUUACUAAAAUCUCUUGGUUGUAAGCGGAAAAUAAAAUAUGACUUUUAAUGAAUAAUAUCUCAAAAUAUACUAAAUUAAAAAUGACGAGUAUGGUUUUUACUCAACUGGAAAUUUAAAUGGGCAAAAUGAUUAGAUUAUUUCGUUCGUUUCAUUAGAAUCAAAUAAUAACUCAAUUCUGGUUAGUAUAAGUAAAAAUAAAAUAAUUGCUUGGGAUUUGUAAUAUGGGCUUUUGAAAUCUAAUAUUACAUUAAGCAAUUACCUUUUUAUUAAUCCAAACUCUUAUUACCUCGAUUAAAACAUUCUAAUUUUAAAUUACUUUGAUACAACUUAAUUUGCUUUAUUUUAUGUAAAAAACUGGGUAGACUCAUUAUAUACUUCUAAUCAAGAAGUCUCAUCUUAAUUCUUUCAGCUUUACAAUUAAGUACAUCCAACACCAAUUCUAGGUUAUUAACUUCUUUAGAAUAACUCAUUUUUAAGCUAUGAUGGAAGUAAUAUAGUAAUUUAAUGGAAAAUUGGUUAUGUCAAUAGUUAGUAAAUUUACAAAAAUUUUAAUUACUCUAUUAAUCAAGUGGUCUCUUUUCCAAAUUAUCAGGAUUAGAAUAAUUUAGAGUUUUUCAUAGCAACAUUUUAAAAUAAUACUAAAGUUAAUUUAGUUUUGAAUAAUAACAAUAAUUACCCUUAAGUAUUUUUAUUCAACACAAACCAUUAAUUUGCAAUUUAAAAUAUAUUUUUUGAUGAGACUAUAUAAGAUAAAGAGGAUUUGUAGAAUGGUAUAGUAAAUUUAAUUUCUAUAAGCAAGGCAGAAAUAAUAAUUUUUUAGCUUAACAUGCAUUAAUAACUUUAUGUGUAGACAACCAUUUUUUAAUAAUAAGUAUUAUACUCAAAAUUAAUAAAUAAUUAAGUAAUAUUUACCACAACUAAUGGUUUAAGUUACUUAACUUAUUUCUCUCAAAAACCUUAGCUUUCUUAUUUAUUUAGCAUUAUUAACGCAACUUUAGCUUAAAAUGACUAUAUUAAUGAUAUAGUAGUUUUAAAUAAUACUAAUACUAUAAGCUACAUAUUAAUUGGAGCACAACUUACUUAAUAUUAAAUAAUUUCUCAGAUGAAUAAUAUUCAAAUAACAACAAAAGCAUCUCAAAUUCUAUAAAAAUCUAGUCUUUAUAAUAAACAUUACGGUAUGGUUAAUGGUGUGGUCAUGGAUUCUAGCUAAAAUUUGUAUAUCAGUUAUAGCUCUGAUGGUUCUUUUGCUAUUUGGGAUGUCAUUAAAAAUAACAUAAUAAAUUAAAAACCUAUUAUGUUCAAUUUACCACCAUGGUGCUCAUCAUUUGAUUAAUGUAAAACUGCUAUUUUAAAAUCAUUAAUAGUAAGUAGAGGCAUACUUUUAUGCUUAUAUUCUAAUAAUUAAUUCAUCACAUGGAAUUUUAGUCGCUACUCUAUUUCUUUAAGGAAUACAUAUAAUCUACCAAGCUAGUAUUUAUAAUUUUCUAAUUAUGGAUUAUUUAAUAAUCUUUUCUAUUUGAGCAAUAAUAAGGAAAUUUAAAUAUUUAAUUUUAAUACUAGUGAAACUUAAAUUAUUAACAACAAUUAUAAUUUAUUAAAUUAAAAUGUAAGUUAGGUUUAGUUAGCAUUCUAUAACAAUACAUUUUAUUAUAUCGAAACAUUAGUGAUUAAUACCCAAUAAAAAUCUAAUUCAAUACUAAGAGUGAAACUACUAUCAAAUUUUACAAAUGUUUCUAAUAUAACGAUACUUUAAAAAUGUCUUGAGCUAGAAUAUUUUUAGCUUGCUUAGAUUAUUGUAGUUAAUUAUUAUUCACCUUAAUUGACUGUUGUUAAAUUUCCCUCUUUAACUUAAUUAUCCUUUACAGUUGAUACAGAUAUUAUAACUCAAAUAUAUUCUCCUAUUCAAAAUUAAUUUUUGAUAAUAACUAAAUCUGCUUAUAUGUUUUAGUAUAUUCAAAGCGGAAAUACUUAUAUUAGUAAUACACCAGCUAAUGUACCUUUACCUAGAAGAAAUUUUGGAAUGGUUUAUAAAAAUUAAUUUACUCUUACUUCAUCUGGGUUUUCUUAUUUUUAAAAUACAGGUUUUCCUAAAAUGGAUAAUUAAGUAAUUAAUACUAUUUUUAACAAUCUCAGAACUUGUUCUGUUUACCCUUUUAAGGAAGAAAUAUCAAGCGUAAGUAUAGUAAAUGAUUAGCUUAUUUUUGUAGGAUUCAAGAGUGGAAAUUUUAAAAUUGCUUAAUAUAGUUGUAGUACUUUCAUUUAUUCUGCUGAUACUUGCAAUACAUGGAAUACUAUCUCAAAUCCAUAUACAAAGAAAGUAUAUACGUUUGAUUUGUCAAAAAUUAUAGUAAUUGAUAUGUAUAGCAAAACUGAUUUGUAGCUUGCUUAUGGGCAUCCAACUACUCCUAAACUUGGUGUAAUCUAAGAUUAAAAAAAUGGAUAUUUAAUAACAUAUUCUCUAGAAAGUACUAAAAACUUAUAUAAAUUUAAUGUAAAUACACAAGUUGCAACUUAAUUUUUAAAUGGACAUACUGGUACAGUAGAUUUUGUAUUUCUAGAUAUUGAUAAUGAUAUUCUUAUAAGUCAUUCAGUAACUCUCACAGAUUUGAAAGUGAUAAUUUGGUAAUACUCCUAUUCCUUAUAGCUGAAAGUAUUUACAGAUUUAUUCAUUUUUAACUAAUAAACUCCAAUCCUAAGUGUUGUACGCGCUUUAUAUGAUCAGUAGAGAUAAUAGGUACUUAUCCUCACUAAAUAGGGAACACUUUUUAUUUUUAACUAUAUUACUUACACAGUUUCUUCUUAAUUUUUUGUUCCUUUAGGAGUAGAGUUUUACUUAGAUACUUUAUAUCCUAAGUUUUACAUUUUAUAUAACACAUAUUUUAUUUAAAUAAGAAAUUAUCAAACAUUAUCUCUUGAAAAUGAAAUUUAAGUAAAUUCACCUUUAACUAGCUAAAAGUUAUAGCCUUCAUAAAAAUGGAUUAUAAUUUUAUCAAAGACAUUAAUAACUGUUAUUAACAGAUAUAAAUAAAAUUAUUAAUCAACAAUUCUAUGUAAUUCAAAUUGUGGAAAUUUUUUGAUUUCAGAUAAAUUAGAUCUUACUUUUUCUUAUAUCCUAAAUUAUUCAGAUAGUGUUGAUAUAUUUGAUAAUAAAAGUGGAAAAUAUUUGUAUUCUAUUUAUGGGUAGCAAGAUCUUGAUAUUGGUGCCAUUAAAUACAUAGUUAGUGACGAUGUUAACUAUUUGCUUUUUAUUGGAAAGUUGAGUGCAUAUAUUACUGUUUUUUUUAAUUAUCUAACAUAAUAAUAUGUUGGUUAUGCUUUUGAAGGGGCUACUAUUUAUUAUGGCGCAGCUAUGAUUAAUCAAUUCAAUGCUUUUUAAGUUGCAGAUGGGUUUCGAUACUAUUUAAGAUCUAUUGAAGAAUAAAUUACUAGUACUUUUAAAUUCUAAGAUAAUUACCUAUUAAAAAAUAUUGAUUAUUACACAAGCUCUUCUGGAGAUAUGUAUUAUAUAGAUGCUAUAGGAAAUGUUAGGAGAUAUAGAUAAAGUGAUAUGAUGGUAAAAUUGAUCAAUUAAAAUUUAUAAUAUCGAUAAAUUUCCUACUAUAACAACUUUUUAUAUAUUCUCACAUACACUUAAUUACUGAAAUAUUCAGAAGAAUUUUAAAUGCUAAAUUAAUACUUGCCUAUAAAUAUAUAUGGGGAUUAAAUAAUGGGAACACUCAAUAAUUAAAUUUUUGUUUCAACAUUUAACAACACUAUUUUGUAGAUAGAUUACGACACCUUUAAAAUAAUUAAUACGAUUGCUCUGUAAUCUUCUUUGUUGUAAUACUAAUUUGUGUAGAAUUUUACAGACCUAUUAUUAAUAACGACAAAAGGUGACUUUAUUAGAUAUAAUUAUGCCAAUUAUACUCUCUUAAUGAGCAUUUCAGCAGGGUAUUAUUAUUGCUAUUAUAAUCUUAAUUUGUCUAUUAUUUUUAUAGCUUCAACUAUAAACUAGUCUAUUGAAAUUUAUGAAUAUAGUAAACUUUUAUCUAAUUUUACAAACUUAAUGAUAGCAAAUAUAACAUAUCCAAAUAAUAUAAUUUUAAAUUAUAUUUUUAUAGAUGAGUUAUAUAAUAGUUUAUAUGCAGUUUAAGCAAACGAUAGAAUAAUUGAUAUUUAUUCAUAUUAGAAAUAUCCAAAUAAUCCUUCAAUUUCUAUUUAAAAAGUGAAUUACAUUCCAUAUAUAAAUAGCAUCUAUUCAGUAAAAUUGGAUUUAGAAGAUUAAUAUAUUAGAGUAAGUAUUCCAUGGUCAAUUUCAUAUUACAAUAGAUAAACAUAUAAUUUUUACUGGUAAAUAUAAGAUCCAUUAUUUAUAUAAUCGAUUAGAUAUUAUAGGAAAGACUUAAACUAUCCUGAGCUUGUUUUUUUGUUAUAAAAUAACUUAUUAUCUAUAGCUUAUUCAAAUUUAACAAAUAAACAAUUCAAGCUUUUAGUAUAAGUAUAAUUGGAUUAUCCUAUAAUUUAUAAUACUGCUAUAUUAAAAACAUUUGAUUAAUUUUUGAUCAAUCUAACUAUAUUAGUUAGUGGAGACAUUGUUAAUUAUGUAUUAAACAUACCAAUAAUUAAUGGUAUCCCAUAAUAAUAUUAUUUCUAUAAUUGUUUGGUAUAAAUAUAAGACCCUCUAGCAGGUUACUAAGUUCAAAAUUAAUUAACUUAGUUGCAGAAUUAUUUUUAAAUAUUUAAUUACUAAUCAACUGGAAUUUAAUUAGAAAUAUAUGGAUCUCAAUUUUUGUACUAUGAUUAAAUAAUGCAAACUCUGUAAGCUGAUGUUGAGUAUUUUGGAGAUAAUAACCAGAAUAAGCUGAAUUUAGAAGAAGAUUUAUUUACUAGGAAUUAUAAUAACAAAGUGACUCUUACUAAUCAGACUAUUGUUUUAAUUACAAAAUAAGUAAUAUCUCAAUUUAGCCCUAUGACAAAUUUUAUAAGUUUUAAAGAUGUUUCUUUUAUAUAAGAAGAUAUGAAUUCUUAUAUAGAAACUCUUUAGAUUUAAAAUACAAUAAUUUCAAAGUUAAAUGGUAAUUCUGCAUAAACUCUAUAAUACUCGGCUACAGCCAUUCAAGCCUCAGUUCUAUUACCUUUUAAGGAACAGCUCUACAUAUUUUAAAUUCAUAAUUUUAAAAUAUUGUUUGUUAAUCAUGCUUAGGUUCUGUAAUGUAAAAAUGGAGGAAGCAUAUCCAUCCUUUUCUGCUUAACAAACAAUAUUUCUAUAUAAAAUUCAAUAUUUAAAAAUAAUAUUGCAUCAAGUAGCGGUGGUGCUUUGUACCUUUCUAGUUCUUUUUUAAAUCUAUAAAAUGUUAUUUUUUAGGAUAACAAAGCAUUAAUAGGUGGAGCAAUAAGAUACUUAAAAUCAAAACCUAUAAAUUUCAGUUCAGCAUAUUUUAUUGAAAAUAAUGUGAAAUUUAUAAAUAAUAAAGCUGAUAUACAUAGCCAAAACUGGGGUUCUUACUUAAAAUCAGUUUAAGUUUAAUAAUACAAUCAGAAAACCUCAGGAAGAUUAUUAAAAGAUAUCAAUAUUAGUAAUGAAAUUUACUAAGUGAAUAGAAUAACUUAAUAAAGUAAUGGAUUUCAAAUAAAUAAUUUAUAAAGCAGUGGAUUUAUAAACUUACAGCUUUAGAUAUUUGAUGAAGAAAAUAACAUUUUAUCAUACUAAGUAUAAAAUUGUUUUAAUCAAGUAUAUCCUGAAGAAAUAUGCAUAGAAUUAUCUUAAUUAAAGUUAACUUUACUCUCUACAGAUGAUAGUUUAGUCAGAGUUGUAGGAUCUUACACUGCAUAAUUUAAUGAGUUUAAUACGACAAUAAAGAGUUUUUAAAUAUCAGGAAUUUAAUUGAUAGGAAAUCCUUUGACCUCCUAAGUAAUAGUUUUAUAAAUACUAGGAAUAUAUCAAUACCUACCUCUUGGGGUAAAUGAUAUUGUACAGAAUAUUUCAAAAGAUAUAUUUUCCUAAAAUUUGUAAUUGAACUUUCGUGACUGUAAAAUUGGUGAAAUUUAUAGGCUUGUGAAUAAAAUAUACUAAUGUGUGUAAUGUUCAGUAGGAUCUUAUUCUAUUUUAAAUCCAAACAAAAAUGACUAUUAAUAAUGCCAAAGAUGCCCAGAGGAAGCAAGUUAUUGUUUUAGAGAUUAAAUGCAAUUGAAAUAAGGUUAUUGGAAGAGUUAAAAUUUGACAGAUAAUAUUUAUAGAUGCUAAACUCCUUCAAGCUGUUAGGGUAAUUAGGAUUAAAAUUACUGUAGCGAAGGACACUAUGGGCCUAUUUGCUAAUUUUGUGAUGAAUAUGGAGCAUAAUGGGGAGAUAAAUUUUAAUAUGAUAAUUAAAAUGGAUGUAUUAAUUGUUCAAAAAGGACAAUAAUAUAUGCAGUAGGAUAAGGUUUACUGGUUGCUACUAUACUAAUUUCUUACUGUAUAUUUAAUAUAGUUUCUUCUCUAAGAGCUUCUGAAAAAGUAAUUCAAGCAUAUUAUUUGCGUAUGCUAAAAAUUUCUUGUAUUAGUAAAUCCAGUCAAAAUAAUGAAGUGAAUAUAGCUGUCAAGGCAUUAACUUCAUUUAUGUAAUUAUACAAGCUUAUAUCUACUUAUAGUUUGGCUCUCCCCUAAUUAGUUUAACUUACACCAAACUUGUUUGGUUCACCUGCUAGCUCUUCUUUGUUUACUAAUUCUUGUGAAUUAGCAUAUUUGACUUCAUAAGAAAUGCCACAUUUAUAUCUAAAAGCUUUAGUAAUGAUUAUUUCUCCUCUAAUAUACAUGGUAGGUUUACUACUGAUUUAUGUUAUAUUUGCUCACAAAAAAUAUAACUUCAUCUUAAAAAAAUCUCAUAUUAUUAGUGGUUUCGUCUUUUUACUUUAGUUUGUGUAGCCUAAUAUAGUACAAACUUUGAUAUCUUAAAUGUCUUGUUAAGAAUUUGAUGGCAAAUAUUAUAUAGCAGCUGAUUAUACUUACGAAUGCUAUACACAAUAGCACCGUAAAUUUAUAUAUUUUUUGAUUGGACCAGGUUUAGCUAUUCAUAGUUUUAUUUAUCCAGUAUUAUUACUGAUAAUUCUGUUUAAAUCAAAAAAUAAGUUAAAUAAUGCCAUAACAAGACUAAGAUAUGGAUAUAUAUACUAAGAUUAUAAAACAAAAGGUUAUUAUUGGGAAUUUGUGAAAUAUGGCUUAAAGCUAUCAAUUAUUUUUACAUAAAACUUCUUUAACCCUGAAUAAAUAAAAACAAAGCACUUAGCAUUGUUUUUUAUAGUUGUAUUAUACUAUAUGAUACUUUUAUUAGUUUAGCCUUAUUAGUUAAAGAAAUAUCAAUAAAUUGACUAGAAUAGUACUAUUGUGCUUUUGAUUGUUUGUAUACUUAACUACUUUUUGAAUAGUAGUAUUAAUGACAUAUAGACUUAUAUAUUCUAUUUCUUACUAAUAUUAUGCUAGUAUUUAAAUGAAGGAUACUUAAUCUUAUCGAUUUUAAAGAUUUACUUUAAUAAAUACUUUUAGCUUAUUAUUAAAUUUGUGCCCAAAAGAAUUUAAAAAUCUUUUAUUUUUAAAUUUUUAGUCAAAAAAGCUAACAUUAAUAUAUAAAAAUAAAGCUAAUAAGCUGUUAAAUUAUGGAUGAUAGUUUAUAAAAAAUCUAAGUUUGGCUAAAUUGCUUAAAUGUAAUCAUUUAGUAUCAAAUAAAUGUAUGCUUAGAACUCUUAAAUUAAUUUCAAUUAAGAAAAUAGUCCAUAAAUUUUGAAGCAAUAUCAAUUUAGUCAUAAGAAUUAAAGAUUUUAAAAAAAAGAGAGAUUGAGUUCAUUACUAAGAAAUAAAGAUUUAAAAUAUUUAUUUACUGACUAAAAAGAAGAAAAUAAUAAUGAAUGUAAAAGCCCAUACCUAUUAAGAUCUGAAGCAAGCUAAAUUAAUACCUUAAAAACAUAAUAGGAAGAUAUUAAAAAGACUUUAGGAUAAAAUUAAUAAACUAUAUUUUAUAAAGAUGAUAAAGAAGGUUAAGCUGAAACAUUAAUUUGA